AUGGCGGGGAAUUUCGGAGAUGCCGCGGGUGGGUUCCGCCACAACGAGGUGGUCAGUUUCAUCAACAACGAAGUCCUCCUGAACGGGGGCGGCCCCGAUUUCUACACGACGCUCCGCUCGCAGUCCUGGAACGAGAUCGAGGACCGGCUCCAGGCCGUCCUGACUGACCCGCAGGUGCCGCGCAUGCGCCAGAGGGCCUGCGCCUGGAGCGCGCUCGCCUUGGGCGUGCGCGUGGCCGCGAGGCAGUACGAGCACCAAGUGCACCGGAUCCAGCAGCUGCAGAACCAGGUGGAGGAGCGCAAGACCAUCUCCUGGGCUCUGACUUCUCAGCUGCGGCAGAUGCUCAAGGAGCGGGACCAGGCGGCCUCAAAACUACAAGGUAUACUGACUGCCCUCCAGCAGGCGAAGGGAGAACGUGAUACGUUGUCCCGGAGACUGAACCAGGUGAAGGUGUCCACUCCCAUCAAGGCGCUGCCUCAGGCAGUCCAGCCUGUGCGGAGAGACCAGCCGUCUAAGGCCCCGCCAUGGCCCAUGACUGCAGAGAAGCAGGGCAAGAUGGCGGCUACGGGAGCACACAACACGCCACUUUUGAAAACCCCGGUGGCAGCCCUGGGGGGUAAGCUUUGCCAGUCGGGAAACCCAAGUACCUGGGCCCCAGCCAUACAACCGCUUCUGCCAAUACUAGCACCAGGUCUAUUGCCAGUCCGUGCGCCAUUACUACCAACACCAAGAGUCAGGAAAGCAGAAGGUGCAGUGGCAGGAACUGUGACAACAGCAGUCCGUGCGCCAUUACUACCAACACCAAGAGUCAAAGCAGAAGGCGCAGUGGCAGGAACUAUGACGGCAGCUGUCCGUGCGCCAUUACUACCAACACCAAGAGUCAGGAAAGCAGAAGGCGCAGUGGCAGGAACUGUGACAGUAGUAACAGCAGCAGCAGCAGCAGCAGCAGCAAUACCCAAGAUACCUCCUCUUCUCAGAAUUUACUCACCUGACUUCUGUGCUGCAGUGGGGGCCCAGAAGAAGAUAGCUUCCCUGUCUGACCAGAGAGUAUAUCCAGUGAUGCCACAGAAGUAUCUCCUGGGGAACAGCAAGAGCCAGGGUCAAGAAAAAGGUCCAGUGAUGCCCCAGGGUUACUACUUCCUGGGGAACAGCAAUAGCCUUAGUAAGGCAAAAGGUCCAGUGGUGCCCCAGUGGAAGUACUCCCUGGGCAACAGCAAAAGCCAUGGCCAAGGAAAAGGUCAACUGAUGCUCAAAUGCCCAGAGAAACAACAGCCUCAGGGGCAGAAGGCCAAGCAAGCAAAAGGGAUAAGAGCUUCAGAAUUCCAGCACCAGGGGAUGACUGCCUCACCCAACAAUAGACAGAAUUGGGACUGCUCAUGGUGUAAAAUGAUUAAUUAUUCCUGGUGCAAGUUCUGUUGUAAAUGCAAGAAAGUCCGUAUGGCAGUUCAGAGUGGAGGCCUGCGCCCAUGA